AUGGAAAAAUACGAGAAGUUAGCAAAGAUCGGAGAGGGGUCAUACGGUGUGGUAUUUAAAUGUCGCCAUAAGGACACAAGCCAGAUAGUGGCCAUUAAGAAGUUUGUGGAGUCUGAAGACGACCCCAUCAUCAAGAAAAUAGCACUUAGAGAAAUUCGGAUGCUGAAGCAGCUGAAACAUGUGAACUUGGUCAACCUACUGGAGGUGUUCCGCAGGAAAAGACGCCUUCAUCUAGUCUUUGAGUUUUGUGAACAAACCGUCCUCAAUGAACUGGACAAACACCCCAGAGGAGUUCCAGAAGCUCAGCUGAAGAGUAUAGUGUGGCAGACACUGCAGGCUGUCAACUUCUGCCACAAGAACCACUGCAUCCACCGUGACGUGAAGCCAGAGAACAUCCUUCUGACCAAGACAGGCGUCAUCAAGCUGUGUGACUUUGGCUUCGCUCGCAUCCUCACAGGGCCAGGGGAUGAUUACACGGACUAUGUGGCGACCCGAUGGUAUCGUGCCCCAGAGCUUCUGGUCGGUGACACACAGUAUGGACCCCCGGUGGACGUUUGGGCCCUUGGUUGUGUCUUUGCUGAGCUCCUCAAUGGGAAUCCCCUUUGGCCUGGGAGAUCUGAUGUGGAUCAGCUGUACCUCAUCCGCCGAACACUGGGUGACUUGAUUCCCCGUCAUCAGCAGGUGUUCCACUCCAAUCUCUUCUUCAGUGGAGUCAGCAUCCCAGAGCCAGAUACCAUGGAGCCAUUAGAGAAGCGUUUCCAUGGUGCUCCCCCUCAGGCAAUCACUGUGAUGAAGUCAUGUCUAGUGAUGGACCCAUCUCUUAGACUGUCCUGUGAGGAGUUGUUGGAGCUGCCUUACUUUCAGGAGGAUGGAGGGACUGGCUGGGGUAGAGAGGGGGAGAGACCAGGGAGGCGACAUGACAAAGCGGCCCGACGUAGACCCCCAGGGCCUCAGUAUCUGCCUCAGUUACCCAGCAACAACAUCUCCCCAGCACCAGAACUCAAGAAUAAACACAAACACAAAUACGACCACCACUUGCCCAACAUCUAACACGCACAGGAUAGGGAGAGAGGAGAGAGAGAGAGAGAGAGAGACAGAAAGGGAGAAAGAUCACAGAUGUCCAUAGACAACCUCUCUGAGGGAAAGGGCAUGUGUUGUAUGUUUUGUUGUACGGGUGAGUGUGUGUAUUUCUGACUGUAACAUAGAUGACUAUGUGGUUAGAUAUGUAGUCAAGGUAAGGAACAAUUACAGGCAGUUGUGUACAUUUGAUAUAUGACCGGUUGAUACUGACUGGUUGAAUUGUUGGUAAAUACUUCUGCUCAGUAGGAGAGAGGAGUGGUUGAUGAACACAGUGUGAAGUGUUACUGAGUUGAAUAUAAUUUGUAGUACAGUCAUUUUAGGCCACUCUGCACAUUUAUAGUUAAGACAUGUUAUCACAUGUGUGCCAUCAGUUCACAUAGUAAUGCACAAUAAGUCCCUCACUGUGUUACUAUAUUACUAUACUAUGCUAUUAUUAUACUGCUGUAUUAUUUAACUGCAGUCAUACACGUUGUGAGAGAGCAUGAUGAAUUUUCAUUUGCAAAAGCAAUAUACAUGUUUAUACUUAAGAGAGUUCAUUUAACAAUAGCAAUACAAAAAUAAAUGCUCUUAAUCACUGCUUCAAAAUAUUUGAGAACUUUGAAAUAUUUUAAAGAACAGUCCUGCUAUUAUGAUACAAUGUAAAUAGUAUUUCAAAAUUACAAAUUUAAAAAGUCUUUUAAUGCAUAGAAACAUAUCU